AUGGAUUUGCAGAGGGAAAUCAUCACGUCAGUUAUUUCAAGAUGCAGAGUGUCGUCUGUUCGUGAAACCUUAGCUUGCUGGGACAGACUGAGCAGUUCACAGCUGAAUAACUCAGUUUUUAAGAAUGGAACUAAACGUAAAAUGGUCGAACACCUUGUUGAAUUUGUUCAGGAAAAUCGGUUGAAUGAUGACAUUCUUGGAGACUUGGAGCUGGUCUAUAUGCAACUACAUUCAAGGCGCAAAAUCUGGCUGGUGUACCAACUGUUAGGUAAUGAUGUUAGUCUAAACCUAGAUCCAAGGACCUUGAGAUCAAAAUUUCUCAAAAGUUUGCAGCUGAAAUGGAAGGAUGGACGUGUUUUAGGUAACAUGCGAGUGUUUGCUGGUGCAGUUUGGCUGCGUAUGAAUUUGGGACAGAGCAUGAUUCGUGGAGGGUCAGGCAAGCUUCCAAGGGUUUAUAACCCAAACCACUCAGUGUUUAUAGUGACCUUCCCUGGAUCUCCAUAUGUUUUCAUUAACAAGGCAGCUCCUAGACUGCUGAACGUUGUCACAGAGGGAGUUGUGGACGCACUGAAUGCAGACAGUCUGAAGGAUAUCAAGCUCAGUGGACAUCAGGUCUCGUCUUUAGCAGAUAUUGUGCUGACAAAGAAUAGCAAGUCUAUGUUAAACAGGUAUCGAGAACAAGAAGACAGAGAGAACCCACUUUUAGUUGGACAAGAAAGAAAAAGAAAGGCAGUGGAUCCUUUCACUGAAACUGAGGGCCUAGUGGAUGAAGAGAGACAGCAGAAACGCAUCAAACGGGUCGUCCUGGAGAAGAAACUGGGCAGUGAGCCUCAGCCUGUGCUGGAGACAUUGGACUAUAAGUUUAAUGUCGACUUCCAUGGACAAGAACUCAGUGGCAUGAAAUGUUCAACCUCAGUGGAAAUCAAAGGCACAUCGGUAUUGAAUGGGUUGUACCAGAUAGCAGCCAGUGGGCUGGUCAAGUUCCCACUGCCCAAACACUUGACAGCUGUCACCAGCAGUGCCAGAAACAGUUUCACUAUUGAGAGUGCACACAAAAAGUAG